AUGUCAAUUGUUGUUUUCUCAAGAAACUAUGCCUCUUGUACUUGGUGCUUGGAUGAAGCUGUUAAGAUUGUUCAAUGUGGAGAAGAAAUAGGACAAACCAUCAUUCCGAUUUUCUAUGAUGUAGAUCCAUCAACGGUAAGGAACCAAAAGAGAAACUUUCAAAAAGCAUUUUCUAAACAUGAAGAGACUUUCAAGGAGAAUAUGGAAAAAGUGAAAAGGUGGAGGGCUGCUUUGAGAAAGGUGGCUGAUAUUUCUGGAUGGGAUUUGAAGGAUAGGCAUGAGUCAGACUUUAUUAAAGAAAUUGUCACAAACAUAUCAAGUAAAUUAAGUCUUCCAACAUGUAUGGAUCUUAAGGACCUGGUGAAUUUGAAGGAAGGUGUUUUCUUGCUAAUGUUAGAGAAGUUUAAGAACAAAGAGAUGGUUAUUAUUGUUCUAGAUGAUGUGGUUAAUGGGAAACAAUUAAAGAAAUUAGUUGGAAGUCGUGAUUGGUUUGGCUUAGGCAGUAAGAUCAUAAUAACCACAAGAGAUGAACAUUUGUUGAAAUCACACGGGAUAGAUGAAGAGCAUUUAUACAAGGUUGAGGAACUAAAUCAUGAUCAUAGUAUCCAACUCCUUAGUUUGAAGGCCUUUAGAAACUAUCAAUCUCCCAAAGACUAUUCGAAGUUGUCUGAGUGUGUUGUGAAGUAUGCUGGUUGA